AUGGACAGUCUAAAAAUUGAAAUCGAAAAGAAACGAAAAGCUUUAGAAAAUGGAAAUCAAGGAUCCAAAAAAAAGAAGUACAUUAGUCGCGCAGAAUUGGAAAAACAAAGGGAACAAGACUACUUAAAAAUUCAAGAAGAAUUAGAGCGAAAGCGUGAGCUUGCUUCACCUAAUGAACAAGAAAAGGCAGAACAAGACACACCUAAUAAGGAAGUACAGAAGGAAGAGAAUGAUGGUAGCGAUACAUUUAAUAUUUCACAAGAAGAAGUGAUUCGCCGAUUAAGAGCAAAAGGACAACCAAUUCGCCUUUUUGGGGAAUCAGACAAAGAUAGGAAAACUCGAUUACGAGCACUUGAACUUAUAGAGGAAAGGUCAGAGGGACAACGUAAUGAUUUCAUGAAAACUUUAGAAGAAAUGGAAACUGGUUUGGAUUUGGAAGUUUUGAAGAAACAACCUGAGGAAGAGAUUAGUCGAUCUUCAAAAAAGAAGAGAGUUGUAGAAGAUUUGCCUUUGGAUAACACACCAAUCGAAGUUGAUCUCAUUGAAAAAGAUCCUGAUAAACUUUAUAUCCUUAUAUACACUUUCUUCAAGGAUCGAUUUUCCGUUCACGUGAUUGUCGAACCCAUGACAACUAUCCCAGGAUCGCGGGACACCAGGGACACGGAAAUAUAUAGAUAUUAG